AUGUUGAGGAAGAGAACCAGGUCACUCCAGAAAGAUCAACAAAUGGGUCAGUUGACAAUGUCAGAUUCUGGUUCUGAGUCGUAUUUUCAAUCUGAUAAUAAUACGGGGCACAAUCACAAAGCUAGCUCUUUUUUCACUGUCCCUGGCCUGUUUGUUGGGUCAUGUUUAUCAGAUUGCGAUUCUGUUAGGAGUCCAACAUCUCCCCUGGAAUUUAGGAUGUUUUCAAAUAUAGGGAACCCUCAUAAGUCCCCUAGGUCAGCCCAUGGUGGGCAACAGAAGAGCUGGGACUGUAAUAAAGUAGGUUUAAGUAUUGUAGAUUCACUUGAUGAUGACCACGACGACGAUGGGAAAGGAUAUGGCAAACUCCUCCAAUCAUCGGAGAGUAAGAACAUUCUUUUUGGACCCCGAGUACGAAGUAAAACCCCUAAUUUUCAAUCCCAUACCGAUUCUUUUCAAGCACCAAAGUCUUUGCCAAGAAAUUUUGCAAUUUUCCCCCGUACUCUUACCAAAUCUCCCCUUCAAAAAGGCAGCUCUGAUGUUCUUUUUGAAAUUGGAGAAGGUCCAUUUGAGUCCGAGCCCUUUGGGAAGAUCCGGUCUUGUUCACUGGACUCUUGCAGGUCAUUUUCAUCCCUGUCUCGAUUGCCUGGCCGGAGCUCGAAACUAGGUUCUGGGAAGUUUUGCUUGGAUAAAACCACCACCCAGGUUGAUUGCACUCCUCAAUUAUUUGGAGGAAGCCCAAAUUCAAACAACGUUUCGAACACAAAUUUAACUUGUACCCCAAUGUCGGUUAGCUCUGGCAAUGGCUUUGUCGGUUCUAUCUCUGCAAGUGAGAUUGAGCUUUCUGAGGAUUAUACAUGUGUAAUUUCACAUGGUCCCAACCCCAAAACAACUCAUAUUUAUGGUGACUGCAUUUUGGAAUGUCACUCUAAUGACUUGAGUAAUUUUGGCAAGAACGAAACAAAUGAGAUUGGAUUGCCCCAGGCUGUUACUUGCUCUAAGAUUCCAUGUUCAUUUCCCUCUAAGGAUUUCUUGAGCUUCUGUUACUAUUGCAACAAGAAGUUGGAUGAGGGAAAAGAUAUUUACAUAUACAGAGGUGAGAAAGCAUUUUGCAGUUUGAGUUGCCGUUCAGAGGAGAUUAUGAUUGAUGAGGAGAUGGAGAAUUCCACCAAUAAAUCUUCUGAGGAUCUUCCCACGUCAAGCAAUGGGGAGGGACUUUUCGAAGCUGGCAUCAUGGAUGCUCCAUGA